CUUGGAGCAGCGUCUGGGCGGGGCCGUGCCUGCCUCCAGCUCCCGGGGUGACAGAGGGACUGGAAGGAGGCGAUGGUCGCGUCCAGGGAGCACAGCGCCUUCCAGCCCCGCAGCUCCUGCUCGCCCCGUAAGGGAGAGAGGGCCGUUUAGGGACUGGGAUACACCCCGUGCCACCUCGGCUGCAGCCCCUGCAGGUCCCCAGCGCAGCGUGACAGUGUCGGAGCAGCCGCGACCAGGGGGCGACUCUGGCCCUUCAGCAGAGGAGAGACGCCGGAGGGCCUGGGAGUCACCCCAAGGGUGCUGGUCCGCGCCACGAUCCCCGCGAGGACCCCGGCUGUUGGGACCUCCCGCGGGGUCUCACCGCUUCUAAGAGCAGCACCGGCACAGGCCGGGCCCCAGGGAACAGCAGUGCGGGGGUGACGCGCAGCGGGGGCGCCCGGGGCCUGCGGGAGCUCUGCUGGGGUCCCCGGAUAACUCCCCGCCUUCCUCGGGCUUGGGGUUCAUCUAGAAGGGCAUCCUAGGAGCGGCAUAAAUGGUAGUGGGUAAAGAUGAGGAGGAUGAGGAGGAAGAGAGUCUGGACUCUUUGAAGGCACUCACAGCUAAGCUGCAGCUGCAGACCCGGCGGCCCUCAUAUCUGGAGUGGACAGCCCGCAUCCAGAGCCAGGCAUGGAGCAGGACCCAGACCAAACCCGGGCCAGGAAGAGCCGGGGCAAUUUGCGGCUUUGAUUCAAUGGAUUCUGCCCUUGAGUGGCUCCGUCAGGAGCUGCGGGAAAUGCAAGCUCAAGAUCGGCAGCUGGCAGGGCGGUUGCUUCGGCUGAGGGCCCAGCUGCAUCGACUGAAGGUGGACCAAGCCUAUCACCUGCACCAGGAACUGCUAGACGAGGCUGAGCUAGAGCUGGAGCUGGCCCCACCGCUGCGACAUCUUGGUCUCACUCGCAUGAACAUCAGUGCCCGGCGUUUCACCCUCUGCUGAUGGGAACCUGCUUGCCUUCUGGGUCAUCCGCUGCCUCUUGUUCAGCUGGCCUGGAAAGGGGGAAAGAAUGAGUGUCCCAGAGUUGUGAGCACCUGGCAACUGGGGUAGGGGUGGACAUUCUGUCCUACCUACAGCUCCAGCUUGGGGUUGGCGGAGGAAAGGGAAGAGUUAACACAUCCCCAGUCUCCUCAAUAAACUCUGUCUGUGCUUCUCA